GAGUGCAUAUGUGAAUGUGCUGUGCAACAUAAAAUCGCAGCUAUUGCGCAAGGUGCUCAAGUGUAAAUAACAUCUUUUCCACAGGUCGCCGAAGACGCAUAUUUCUUCAUAUUCAUUGUUUAAUUCUAGUGUGUAGAACUUAUUAACCAUGUUUACUGUAAUUCCAUUCUUUGUUAUGUUAGUGUGUUCCAUUAAUGCUGUAGACGUAGUAUCACAGAAUGCAGGUGUGUUUUUUGAACCACAAUCGGACAUGGCAGUCUUAACGCACAGUGCUACAAUUGUGCUUAAAUAUAAUUUGUCUGAGAUUCACCAACAAUUUGAUUCCGUUAAAAAACAAAUUGAUUUGAUCCGUUCAAUUAGGAAUAAUGAUACAGUCUUGGAAACAGGAACCUCUUGGUAUAACAACUGGAUUACUGCAAAAAUGCAAGUAGAAUCCACUUUCGCCAGCUAUGAGCAAGAGAUUAACUGUUUCUUAAAACUCUUGCCACAUGAAAGCUUGAUUAGGCGCAAACGUACCUGGUUUGAUUUUGGAGGUAGAGUUCCUCGUACUGUAUUUGGUACCUUAACUAGUCAAGAUCUGUUGGACAUAAAGGAUAAAAUACUAGUUCUAGAGCAGCAGUCUAACACAAAUUCAAUUAACCAUUCUAAUGAAAUAAUUGUGUUAAGAAAUAUGCAAAAGACAAUUGCUAACCACACAUUGUUUAUUGAACAAAUUGUGAAAGAGUUCAUUACACAUUUUAACACAAUUCGUGGUGAAAUGAAUGCAACCAUACGUGAAUUAUAUGCAAUUCUUCAAGGUGUGAGUGCACAUUUAGAUUUAAACAUUCUACUGUUAAGAAUUACUGACAGUUUAUCAAACGCUAAAUUUGAUGCUCUCAAUUUAAGAACAGCCUUAGAAAGUAGUUCAAAUGAUUGCUUGAAUAGUGUUUUAUUGCAUCCAGACCAAUUUUUACAAAUGUUGCUGUUGAUUGAACGUAAGCUAGAUGCAUCGUCUACCACGAUUUACCAUGUCAAUUACUACAAUUUAUAUGCUUAUUACAAAUUAACUACCACAUAUUCUUUAAUGAUUGAAGAUCAGUUAACUGUAAUUGUUUCUAUGCCGAUUGCCAGAUCCAAGCAUAAUUUUGAAAUGUAUAAACUUCAAACUUACCCUGUGAAAUGGAACCAACCCAGCCUAUCUCUCACGUGUGUUGCCUUCAUCGAUCAGCUUCUAAGCUGUGUUUGCAAAUAAAUCAUUACAAGAAAGCGGAAAAAGAUGGAAUUCCAUUAAUGAGGAACGAA